AUGAAUCCAUCACAAAACGUUAUCAUAACAGCUUGGAAUUACGGCCGGAUGGCGCUAGUCCAGCGCUCGAGGAACCGUUGGACCAACUUAUUUUAUCGCGGCGUCGACGGUGAUGCUUUGGUUGAAAGGCGGCGUAGUCACGACGAGUCUACAAACAUCGAUGAAGGCUUCUUCACAUGGCUUCCAGCCGUCUUUCGUGUAACACGCGAGCAGGUUCUCGCGAAGUGUGGCCCAGACGCAGUACACUACUUAUCUUUUCAGAGGCAUGCAAUAACACUAAUGUUUAUUGUCACAAUUAUCUCUAUUGGAAUCAUAUUGCCCAUAAAUUUUCAAGGCACGAAUUUGCAAGUAGACGCGAACACGUUCAGUAGAACAACUUUAUCAAAUUUAAAUGGAAGAUCGUACUGGCUGUGGGCACACACAUUGAUUAGCAUUUGCUUCUUACCUAUUUCCGUGUUGAUCAUGAGAAGGUGCACCGGACGCAAACCUGUUCCAACAUCUAUGACCGGAACCAUUAUGAUCACAAACAUAUCUAGGGCAGACAGGAAUGAAGCAACCAUUAGAGCCUAUUUUACACACAACUUCCCGCAUAUUCAAAUUGUUGAUUUGCGGCUGGCAUACAAUAUUAACAAGUUGAAUGAGGUUCAAGAAAAAAAGGAAAUGGUAACCGAAGCACUAGUCUAUACUGAUACAUAUUACAAGAAGACUGGAAAACGGAUUACUGUUAAAGAGAAAGUGUGCGGUCCGGAAGUAGAUGCUUUGGAGUUUUAUUCUGCUGAGGAGAAACGUCUUAAGGAUGAAGCCACGAGGUGUCGCGCCAUGGUACUAAACGACCCACUAGGCAUUGCCUUUCUCACACUGCCAUCUUACCAACUGGCCGAGCAUGUGAUAAACCAUUUUAAUUUGCACCGCGGCUGGGUGCUCGCCCACGCGACCAACCCAUCUGACAUUGUUUGGGAGAACCUGAGCGUGCAACCCAGCGUGUGGUACGUAAAGGCCAUAAUUGUCAAUUUCGCUCUAUUUAUAGUUCUCUUCUUUCUGACCACGCCCGCUAUCAUAGUGAACUUGUUCAACACGUUGGUCGUGAAGCCGGAUUCUGUGAACAGGAUAAGCAGUAUAAUAUUCGAGUUUCUGCCAACGCUCCUCCUGUGGACGAUGGCGGCAGUGAUGCCGGCUAUCGUCGCCUUCUCCGACAAGUUCCUCUCGCACUGGACGAAAUCGCAGCAGAACUACUCGAUAAUGACGAAGACGGUCUCGUUCCUGCUGCUGAUGACGCUCAUCCUGCCGUCGCUGGGGCUGGCAAGCGCGGAGGCGUUCGUCGCGUGGACCCUGCACCACGAGAACGACACGAUGCGCUGGGACUGCGUGUUCCUGCCGGACAAGGGGGCGUUCUUCGUCAACUACAUCAUCACGUCCGGCUUCAUCGGCACCGCACUCGAGCUGAUCCGGUUCCCCGAGCUGUUCCUCUACGUGUGGUACCUGCUGCAGUCCAAGUCGAAAGCGGAGAAGAGCUACGUGAAGAAGGCGAUACUGUACGAGUUCCCGUUCGGCGUGCACUACGCGUGGAGUCUGGCGAUCAUAUCGAUAACGAUCGUGUACAGCCUGGCGUGCCCCCUCAUCUCGCCCUUCGGCCUCGUCUACCUACUUCUGAAGCAUGUCGGCGACAAGCACAACCUGUACUUCGCUUACGGCCCUAGCGACAUGAGUGGCGUGGGCGGCGGUAGGAUCCACGCGGCCGCCGUGAGGAUGAUUAGGGUCUCUGUGCUGCUGCUACUAGUGAACAUGGCGGCAUGGGCGGGCCUGCGAUCCGGCUUCGAGGCGCGCACGAUCAUACUGAUAAUGGCGUCCAUCGUGGCCUUCGGGACGUUCCUCUUGCUCAGCCCGUUCCCCAGCUGCACGCCGCCGGCGCCGCUGCAGGUGGAGUCCAGCGUUCGAUACCACGAGUACGUGGCGCCAGUGCUGCAGAAGCCCAUCGACUCGACCCCCAUAUCGACCCCCUCGACCCCCGACUACGGAGCCUCCUCCCCCGUGACGAACCCCGCGUACAACCCGGAACCGAUAAACAUC